UCCCAUUGGUACUUGAAUGCACCCUUAGUCAAGUAGUGACGUAAUAACGCGCAGGCUCCUCGAGCUGGGACUGUUGGAUCUGGCUCACAUCUCUUCGGCACUGUUACGUACAGUAAUGCAGAGCAGGUGGUCAUGGCUUGGAAGUCGAAGACCCGCAACCUCCAGGUGUUUGACACGGAGCUGAGUGCUGACACUGUGGAGUGGUGCCCUGUGUCCCCCGACCAACACAUCCUGGCCUGCGGGACGUACCAGCUGCACAAAGGGACGGGCGGAGAGGAUGCUGGCACGAGUCGGACAGGUCGCUUGUACCUGUUUGAGUUCCGGCGGGAGGGAUUGGUGAGACCUCCUCUCACCGAGUUACAGCGCAUGGACACAGCGGCCAUUUUAGAUAUGAAAUGGUGUCACGUGCCGCUGUCAGGGGAGGCGGUGCUGGGGAUGGCAGUUGCCAGUGGAGAGCUGCAGCUGUACUCGCUGUCAAAAAGUCAGGAAGGCGGCCGCAGCCUGCGCUCUCUCAGCAGCUUGGAGGUGGGAGCGGAGCGUCUGGCUCUGUCGUUAGACUGGUCCACUGGGAGAAUGGACAGCAGCAGCGAUGUGCGGGUGGUGUGCAGCGACUCUGCAGGCUGCGUCAGUGUGCUGGAGCCCGCUGAGGGCGGACUGACGGCUCUGUCACACUGGAAAGCUCAUGAAUUUGAGGCCUGGAUCUCUGCUUUCUCCUACUGGGACACUCAGCUGGUUUACUCUGGUGGUGAUGAUUGCAAACUUAAAGGCUGGGAUCUCAGGGCUGGUCCGUCCUGCCCCACUUUCACCAGUAAAAGGCACUCAAUGGGUGUGUGCAGUAUCCACAGCAACCCACACCAGGAACACAUCCUGGCCACAGGCAGCUAUGAUGAGCUCAUCCUGCUGUGGGAUGAAAGGAACAUGCGGCAGCCUCUCAGUGAGAGUCCCACAGGUGGGGGGGUAUGGAGGCUGAAGUGGCACCCCGUCCAUCAGCACCUGCUGCUGGCAGCCUGCAUGCACAAUGACUUCCACAUCCUUCACUGCAAGCAGGCCUUAGAGGGCAGUGGAGGACCAUGUCCUAUCAUAGCCUCCUACAUCCUCCACAACUCCCUUGCGUAUGGAGCCGACUGGUCCCGGCUGUCCCUGGAGGAACCUGCUCCGUGCUCCCCUCCUGCUGCAGAACCAAAGGAGAGCUUCACAGAGAGCGGACGACACUUGAGGAUUCAGUACGAAUCUCCUACUGCCAGCUUUGACACCUCCCUGGAGGACGAUGCAGGAAGGUACAUCCCUGAGGACAUUACGGCACCACCUACCCCCCCUUCUGCAGGUCUGGGCAUCAACUCCACUGAGGAAGCGUCAUCACAGUCCUGCCUGAUGGCGAGCUGCUCCUUCUACGACCACAUGCUCCAUGUGUGGCGCUGGGACUGGGCUCCAGACGAGGCUCAGCAGUGUUGACCAGGCUGGACCAAUGGCUGAAUUGACACUAAUAGAAUAGAUGCAUCCUUAAUCACAGUAGAACAUGAACAGUAGUAAAGUAGAAGAUACAGCCGGACUAGAACAGAGGCUUAAUUUGCUGCUUUGCUUUUCACUGUCUUCACUUUGAAGUCCCUACACUUUAAAAUAAGAUAUCACAGAAUAUGCAAUUAUGGAAAGAAAAUCUAUUUUCAUAAUGACGUUGAUUUUUAUAAGCUUAUAUUUAAAACCUUGUAAUGCAAGAACAUCAUUAAAUUUCAACUUCUAACACAACCACAUCUUCACUUCAAACCUAAACACAAAACCGGAUAAGCACCAGUUUUCACUUUUUAAAUACUUAAUCAUCUUGCUGUUUGCAGUGUCCACCUCAAAUACAAUACUUUAAGACUGAAAUUUACACUUGAUAGUUUUUCAGACCACAUUCGACAAGUAAAAUAUGGUUUUACAUUUCAUGUAAGAGCCUGACCGAUUAAUUGGCCAGCCGAUAAUAUCGGCCGAUAUUAGCAUAUUAAGUGACUAUCGGUAUUGGCUAAUUUUACCGCAGAUAUGGGCUGAUAUUACCAGACUUUUUCACCAGUCAAAUAGCAUUUUAUUUGAGUAUCAUUGUAUUACACUGGCAGUUCUCUUUCUGGCUGUCACCAGCAGAGGGCGCUAUAUGGAUUACAACAUCACUCUCUAUAGAGUGUCAAGCGAUUAUGCACGUGCAUGCACAGUUACUUUCCAGUUGAGUGACCAUCUUGUCUGCUUUAUGUAUCUUUUCCACAAGUGUUUGAUAACUGCAUUUGAGGAAUCAAUACAAUAAAUGUGUAUAUCUAUCUGUCUCUACAGAUCGAACAUAUAUCUAAAAAAGAUAUGCGUAGAUGUAUCGGUAUCAGAUUUUUUCAUUUCCUAAUAUCGAUAUCGGAAUAAGCUCCAGAUAUCCCAUAUCGGUCGGGCCUGAUUUUAACUGUUGACAUGUCUGUGACAUUAUCUCUACGUAUGGUAUUGUAUUUCCUGGUUUUGUAUUUGGGGGUUGUCGAGCCGGACUUCUGAAGACUUGUGUUCAUCCGUUGAGGUUGUCAAGGCCGCUUUCCUACGCUCAACUGUCAAACAUCUGUCCAAAGAGGAAGUAUACUAAUCACUGCUACCUUUACGUGUGAUGUUUUCUUCUCUAGCCAGCCAAAUAAAUGUAUUAUUACAU